GCUUGAAUACAUAAGCCACACUCCUUGGGUUCUGAUCAGAGCUUAGGUGCUGCUGCAGCUGCAAAAUGCAACAAACGCAAUGCUGAUGGCGACUUGCAGCCGUAAUAUUCCCGUAGAUGGUUUUCCACUAAAUAUUUGGGGUCGACGCAGCUGAAGCAGAACCUGCGAGAACCGGUGGUGUUGGUUGGCAUUUGGCGCAAUGACGCCAGAUUACAGGCAGCGUAUGUGCACUGCUGUGACAGAGGCUGGCCUGGACUCUGCUGGGCUAGAUGAAGAGGACUUGGAGCUACUGUGGGCAGCCAAGUACCGGACUGCUGCACGCCUGCGUGCAGCUACACAUGCAUGGGAAAAUCUCAUUGAAGUGCAUCUGGCGCCUGGUGUGGUGGAUGCCAUUUGGCAGGCCCUAGGUGCUGCUGCUGGCUCUGCUGAGUCCACCCUCCUAGAAGCAUUGUACAAGCUUGUUAAGGAGAAGCUUGAGAAGCAGAAUGAGAAGCUUGAGCAGCACAACGAGAAUCUUGUUAAGCAGAACGAGAGGCUUGUGAAGCAGAGCAAGAAGCUUGAGAAGCAGAGCAAGAAGCUUGAGAAGCAGAGCAAGAAGCUUGAGAAGCAGAACAAAAAGAUGAUUGAGGCCAAAGCUCUUCUGGAGAGGCGCGCCUCUCAGGAGAUUGUCAAAUAUAGCGCCUCUUGCAGACUAAACAUUAAACGGCUGCAUGUUUAG